AUGAAUUUCUAUGAUGGCGCAUUCCUGGUAUUAAUAUCAGCAUGUGGUCUUCUUACAUGGCGACAAUAUCAAAGAAAAGAAGAGUCCACAGAAGAUAGGAAAAACAAUGAUGAUACUACCCCUCUAGCAAAGGCAGAAGCAAGCCGCUUCACCAAAUUAUUCCUUACUGUCUAUUGUCUUGUGAUGGCAUCGGAUUGGCUUCAAGGUCCCUACGUUUACAGUCUUUACAAAGAUCAAUUUGGGCUUGAUGAGAAAAUCGUAGCAUUACUCUUCACCACUGGCUUUCUAUCUGGUGGCAUAUCAGGAUAUUUUGUUGGAUCAUUCGCAGAUAAAUAUGGUCGCAAAUUAGCAUGUCUCGUCUUCUGUCUUACCUAUUCACUUUCAUGUUUUUCAACCAUCUUUCCUAGCACUCCGAUACUGUUCGUUGGACGAAUCUUUGGAGGUUUAAGUACAAGCUUGAUGUUUAGUGCUUUUGAAAGUUGGAUGGUUACGGAAUAUCAUAAAAGGAAUAUACAAAAAGCUGGGACGAGUUUGAAUAGUAUGUUUGGAGUUAUGUCUACUCUGAAUAGUGUCAUGGCUAUUUUGUCAGGUGUUUUUAGCGAAUGGCUGGUUCAGAUUACAGAUGAUAGAAGAAUGCCAUUUAUGGCUUCUGCAUGUCUUUUGGGAGUUUCUGCAUACAUCAUUACUGUAUAUUGGACCGAAAACUACGGCGAUAGUGCAACCAAAGCCCAAAAAUCCACCUCUGGCACUUCUAGCAACUCCGAAACUUCCCCAACCUCACCCGAUGCUAAUGCUCCCUCGCGCACCUCCAAAUCUCCCCCUCCUACAACCUCAGCCCUCAGUUUAAUCUUCACCAACCCACGAAUCUUCACUCUCGGUCUCGCUUCCUGUUUCUUCGAAGGUAGCAUGUACCUCUUCGUCUUCUUCUGGACCCCCUUUCUCAAAUCCACACAACCAUCUCCCUCCUCCCCACCCCUCCCUCUCGGCAUGAUCUUCGCCUCAUUCAUGUCCUCGGUCAUGCUCGGUUCCCUAACCUUCACCCAACUCUCCUCCACCUUCCCCUCUCUCACUCAAACUCGUCUCCUCACAAUCAUCUUCGCCAUCUCCUCCAUCUCCCUCCUCUUUCCCCUCCUCACUGAAAAUCAACAUUACACCUUCUACGCCUUCUGCAUGUUCGAAGCAAUGGUCGGUAUGUACUUCCCAUCCGUGGGAUCCCUCAAGGGGAAAUGGAUAGAAGAUGGUGUUCGAGCACGAAUCUAUGGUGCAUUGAGAGUUCCAUUAAAUAUCUUCGUCGUAGUUAGUCUUGCGCUCGUGAGAGAGGGAGAAGAAUAUCGACGAGGAGUGUUUUUAGUAUGUGGAGGCUUGUUGGUGGCCAUUAGUGGAAUUUUUUAUAGAUUUGUUAGGGGGAGUUAG